AUGAAGUCCAAACACCGGGGACACAGGUUUAAGGCGGCUGUAGACCAGUUGACGCUGCACGAUGACGCCGACGCCGCUUCUUCCCGGCCGCCGCUGCGCAUGCGCGGCACAGGGUGUGCGCGUCCCGCCGGCUCUGCGCACGCGCCGGGUUUUGGCGGGAGCGGUGGUUGUCCGUCGGCCGUCGAGGAGGAGGAGGAGGAGGAGAGACACGAGCGGCCGGUGCCCGCUGAGGAAACCGCGAAUAUAAUAAUAAAACUGCAUCAAAACGCUGGAACAAUGUUUGGCCUCUUUGUUUUCUCCUUUGUUCUUUUAGGACUCAUCAUUUUAUCUCAAUUGCAACUUGGCAGUAAUUUCAAACUUGUCUGUUAUUUCACAAACUGGGCACAGUAUAGAACUGGGAUUGGUCGUUACAUGCCUCAGGCGAUUGACCCUUUUCUGUGCACCCAUCUGGUGUAUGCUUUUGUCAAAAUGGAUGCAAAUCAUAAAGUUAUGAAAGUCGAAUGGAAUGAUGAAUCGUUUUACAAAACAUUUAAUAAUCUGAAACUGAAGAAUACCAAGUUGAAGACACUGCUGGCAAUAGGAGGGGCAACUUUUGGUUCUACACUCUUUAAUAGCAUGGUGUCUACUCUGGCAAAUAGACAAGGAUUUAUCAAUUCUGUGAUUAGUUUUGUGAGGAAGUACCAGUUUGAUGGUUUUGAUCUGGAUUGGGAAUAUCCAGGUUCCGUUGGAAAUCCACCAGAAAAUAAACAGCGUUUCACAGCAUUGGUAAAGGAAAUGAAAGCUGCUUUUGUAAAGGAAGGAAAAACAUCAGGAAAACCUAGAUUACUGAUUACAGCUGCUGUGGCUGCUGCUAAAGGCACCAUUGAUGAUAGUUAUGAAGUGGCUAAAAUUGCUGAACAACUGGACUUUAUACAUGUGAUGUCUUAUGAUUACACCGGUGGCUGGAACACUUUCACUGGACACCAUAGUCCUUUGUUUCGUGGAAGCCAAGAUCGUUUCGACUUUGUGUACUACAAUACAGCGUAUACUGUUAAUUAUUAUCGAACCAAAGGUACACCCAGAAGUAAGCUGAUAGUUGGAAUUCCAACUUAUGGACGAAGCUUUAAACUUACUACUAGUGAUAUAAAGGUUGGUGCUCCAGCAUCUGGUCCUGGACCGAAAGGCGCAAUUACGAAAGCAGAAGGUAUCCUGGCAAAUUAUGAGGUAUGUGACUUUUUGAAAGGAGCAAAAAGAUAUUGGAUUGAAGAUCAGAAGGUUCCAUAUGCAGUCAAGGGAGAUGUAUGGCUGGGCUAUGAUGACAAGGAAAGUGUUAUUGCCAAAAUUAAGUGGACGAAGGAGCAACGUUUUGGAGGAGCUUUAGUGUGGACACUUGAUUUUGAUGAUGUACACAACCAUUGUAAACAAGGUGUAAGUCCUCUAUUGCAAACGAUGAAGAAUGAGCUUUCAAACAAUUCAGGGUGUCUCGUCCUUGUCCGGGGGGCGGCCGGAGGUGUUGGGCCGGGCCAGGCUUGCAGCCAGCGCGGGGAGGAGGCCGAGUUGCUGAAGAGCUUUGUGUGUAUGCGGCCCCAGGCCCACAGCCAGCCCGGAGAAGAAACCAGCUCCCUGAUGGGCCGCGGACCGCCAGCCAACCCCCCUGGUGCCGGCGAAACCGAGCACCAGCCAUCAACGGGGAUACACACAAAGCGCUGCAACAACUCGGCCUCCUCCCCGCGCUGGCUGCAAGCCCGGCCUGGCCCAACACCUCUGGCUGCCCCCGGAUAG